AUGGGCUGUUGUCAAUCAAAAUCAAACGGCUUUUCACAUGAACAAGAUGCGAUUCCUCAAAAUCCAAUCCACAACAAUAUAAAUCGACAAAACGUGCCACCCAUUAUCAUCACAAAGGCACAUUCAAUUGCUUCUGUGGAUUCAUCGCUGCCACAGUCAACUUCUGUCGGUGCAGUUGCUUCAGAUACCAAGAAGUCGGUGCCAUUGGAACAUAAUGCCAUUCAAAAUGGGUCAGCAGCAGAUGCCGAGAACAUGUCAGAAAAGCCUUCAGUGAUCAUUGAGGAGAGAACGCAAGUACAUGACUAUGGAGUGCCACCCGAUUUGAGAGAACACAACAACGAGCAAGCCACGAUCAGACAAGUAAAGCCAAUCGUAAUUAAUUCACCCCAGAGCAUGAGUGAGCCGACCAUUGUGCCAGCUUCAGACAUCCCACAAGCCAAGGCAGCAGCAGUGGAGGCAGGUAUUUUAGCACCUUCCUCAAACGAAUCCACGCCACUGGAGCCAAGCACGAGUACAGCGGCAUGGUCCAUUCUCAUCCGACGCAACUCAUCUUCUUUCAAAGAUACUGCUAUUGAGAUCCCUACAGUAGAACCUUUUAUGACAGUAUCUGAUGUAAAACGUAAAAUCCAUGUGGAACCCGGACAACAAAUCAAAUUGAUACAUCUGGGAAAGAUAUUGAAAGACAAUGCAACACUUGUGCCUUCAUUUUGCUCGAAAUCACUGUUGAAGCAGAAUGCUGUUAGAGUAGCCAACCAUGGAGUGAUUCAAGCCAUGGUCUACACAAAAUAA